AUGGCACCCCAUCGGUAUGAGGACGAGUAUGACUAUGACAGCGACGACAGCACGCUCGUCGGAUCCCGCAUGUCUCGUCGGCGCAGACGUCGAUACCGUUCUCCUUCGCCAUCAGAAGACGCUCAUGCACGGCCGCGGUAUGAGAGGCGCUUCCCAUCACCAGAGGCGCACUCCGCUCGCGGCGAGGAGAAGAGCUCCUCGGGCUACAAGACCUUCGGCAAGGUCGCGCUGGGUGUGGUAUUCGUCCAUACUGUGGCCACGGCGCUCGGGCACUGGAUGAAGAAGAAGGAAGAGGAGCGAGAGAAGGAACAAGCCCGCGAGGCCCGCGAGAGGAGACGCCGGUUUGACAGAGCCAAGGCCAAGCGGAGGCGGGAGGACGAUCGGCGGGAGAGAGAACAAGAGGAGCGAUGGCAGAGGGAGGAGGAAGAAUGGGAGGCGAGCGAGAUCUCGGAAGUGCGGCGCAUUGACUAUGUCCCAGCUGUUGAGAGGAGCCCCAGCAGCAGUCCGGAGCGACAGCCUCGCAGGAUAGAGGCGGCACCCGAGAUGCCUCAGGACGAUGAGCCAUUCAACGACAGGCGGAGCAGAGAUCGAAGUCGCAGUCGGCCGGCCGUGGAUGUCGUCUGA